UUCUUUUAUUGUGAAACCGUUUCGAAUUUUGUAAUAAUGCUGGUAUGUGAUUUCUAUUACCAAAUUCACCUCUGUCUCCAUCACCAUGGUUACAGUAACAACGAAGCGAAGCUGGAUCGUUUCUCUGUUUUACAGCUAUCGUAUGUCACAAAUCGAUCUUCGUUAAUCGAAUCUUAAUUAUUAGCUGUUCAAGGCAUUUUGUAAACAAUGGCGCUACCAUAUUUACCUGGAAACUCGUUCAACAAAAGUCUUGGCAAAGAGAAGUUCCACAAGUCCCACCACUUUGAUUAUUGUAAUGAUGUUUCCAUGUUGGUUGGUGAACAGAAGCCAGGUAUAGGUGGCGAGCUACUUCUUGGGCAAAAGAAGCAGCCAAAACACAGUGUGUUUCCUAAAGGGGAAGGAAGCAAUGCACCUGCAUGGGUGGCAUUCGACAGACAAGUGUUGUGUUUUCAAGCUUACUUCCAGGAAGCUGUCCAUGAGAAGAGGGAGGAGCAGUACAGAAUAAGAGGAUGCAAGAUUUAUUUCUAUCUUGAAGACGAUUCAAUUCAAGUCAUUGAACCACAGGUGAAAAACUCUGGCAUCCCACAAGGUACCUUGAUACGUCGUCACAGAGUUCCACUUCCAGCACCACGUGAUGAUGAAUAUUACACAGUGGAACAUUUCAAUGUGGGGAAUGAACUUAUUCUGUAUGGAAGAAAGUUCAAGUUGACAGAUUGCGAUGUUUUCACCAAAAAUUUCCUGCGAAAGUUGGGAGUUCGUGUCAAUACACCGGACACUGUACCAAAAGAUCCGUAUUCGAACCUAAGAAAUGAGAUGGAAGAAAGCAUGCAAGCUUUGAGACCUUAUGAACGAACCGACACACUUAAGCAGUUUCUGGACCACGAUCGACAUGUACUGCGUUUCGAAUGUUACUGGGAUGAUGCAGAUUCUAUGUUUGGUGAUACAAGAGAAAUGGUUCUUCAUUACUUCCUUGCUGAUGAUACAAUUGAGAUUCGUGAAGUAAUUCCUCCAAACUCCGGUCGUGACGCGGUCCCUGUGUUCCUCAAACGUGCUCGACUACCAAAAAGUGCACCUUUACCACUGAGGCAACCAGGUGAGAAGACGGAUCGAACGGUGCUCAAUGUAUUUGGACCAAUGGGACAUGGUGGUAGAUAUAUACUGGACAGUUUGAAGACUGGAGCUGUGUAUGAAGACUUUUACACAAGCGCUGAUUUGGUGAUUGGAGCGGUUGUCAAUGUUUGGGGAAGAAAGUUAGUUCUUUGUGGAUGCGACAACUUUACAAAGGAAUAUUACAAGACCAAGUUUGGCCUCAAUGACUCGUUCACUCCGAUCAAAUACAAGUCUGACCCUGUGAUGAAAGUUCCACGACCAAUGCCCCCAUAUAAUGGGUUUGGAUCAGAAGAAGAUUCCUUAUGUUCAUGCAUGGGACUCAUUCCUAAACCUCCUCAGAGAGACUUCAUCAAGUUUAUGGAGAAAGAUAGGCACGGUUUGGAAAGCAACGUUCUUCGUUUGGUGGCUUACAUGGCGACGGACAAUCCCAUCGACAAAGACCGAAAAUUCAUCGUGUCCUAUUUCCUCUCUGACGACACGAUUUCGUUCUUCGAGCCUCCACAAAGGAAUUCUGGUAUCAUUGGUGGUAAGUUCCUUGAGAGAGGACGAAUCAAGAAACCAAACCAGGAUCUUUUCAAGAGUGAAAUGUCGGAGUAUUUCACCGCAGCCGAUCUUUUCGUUGGUGCCAAAGUUGUGUUUAACAACUUCGACUUCGUGAUCACCGAUGCUGACGAAUAUGCAUUCCGUUACAUGGAGCAGCACUCAAACGAGUUUCCGCAAGCGAACCUAAGUCUUAUCCUCGAGAAAAUGCGCAAGGCGACCAAGGAAAAGAGCAAAGAUGUGAAGGAGUUCUUCGUUCUCAACGACCCUGACAACAGCGGGACGAUCAGAUACGAAAGUCUUAGAAACAUGUUGGCACAAAUGGGAUCUUUCUCCGAGCAUGAGAUCAUGACCGUGGGUCGUCACUAUGCACACAGGGAACCAGAGGAAGUUGACAUGCAACUUAUCCUUGCGGUGGCGCAAGAGAAACUCAAAAAGAAAAACUUCGAGGACUUCGUAAGACUACAAGAGGCAUUCAGUUUCGAGGAUUGUGGAAACACAGGGAAACUUGCAGCGGGUGAACUGCGAACCAUUUGCCGAGCAUUCAAGUUCCCCUUGCCGGAGGAUGUACUGCAGCUGCUCAUUAAAAAGUUAUCCUGCGAAGGAAGAGUCGAUUACAACGACUUUGUUUCAAAGCUAAACUGGAGAGAAAACCCCGUGGAAGCUGUUCAAUACCAGAACCUUCCAAUUAAGUUUGACGCAUCUUGGAGCGGUGGUGACCUUACGAAGUCAGCCUCAGUGUCCAAAGUUGGCUACGCAUCGCUCAUUGAAGACAUUUUCGGGAAGCAAGACUCGUGAAUUGAAUGUUUAGAUUGAUCCAGUUCGUUAUUUACGAUCCCUUAUACUGUAUCAGAUAUAUUUGUGUUUUUACGCGGUGGUAUUUGUAAUUCAUUGGCCCAUUUUGCUUUCAUUUUUUCCAUGUAGUCCUUCCGCGUAUGUUGUAUGUAUUCAAAGAUUAAUAUGUUGUUAAUAAAGUGUAUCGUUUAACAUACUGA